AUGGCUGCUGGCCCGAUCUCCCCGGAGUACUUCCCCCCUCCCACCGACGGCAAAGGCAGGGGCGGCGGCCGCGGCGGCGGUGGACGCGGCGGCGGCGGUGGCAGCGGCGGCCAUGACGACUUCCUGACGCAAGACCCGCCGCCGCGCGAGGAGGAAGAGGAGACCGCUGAAAGCAAGAGGGAAAGCAGGCUUGAGUUCUUGAGGGACUUCGACGCGGAGCGCGCGAGGGCAAUGGGGCAGAAUAACGCCGCCGCCACGGCGGUUAGCGGAAACCCGCGGAAGAGGAAGCGCGCGGGGAUAGGUUACGUCAAGGGCAUCAACGGCAAUCAAAAACGCGACAACAGCAGCAGUAGGGAAAAGAGCAGCAGGAGGGACAACAGUAAUCCGGCCUGGCGUGGGACGGCGCCCCGAGUGGAGUCUACCGCGGGUCACGACGGACAAUCCAGUGUUUGGUACGAUGAGCAGGAUGAACCGGAGCCUGGAGCGGGAGGGACCGGCGGCGCCGGUGAGGACUCACGAGACGAGCCGGAAGGGCGGGAGGAGCCUGCCUGGAGUAGCAGCGCCGCCGCCGCCGCGGACAACGGGGAGGACUUCGGGCGAGAGCUGCUGGGAAGCAUUGAGAGAGAGAGGCUGCCACCCGCGGGUAGACAGGGGCAGUUCGACGAGAUCGAGGAGGGGGCGGGCGACCAACGUUUUGUCAUCGCUAACGGGGAGGACUUCGGGCGAGAGCUGCUGGGAAGGAUUGACAGAGAGAGGCGGCUACCACCAGGCAGACAGGAGCAGUUCGACGAGAUCGGAGAGGGGGCGGGCGACCAGCGUUUUGCCACUGUUGGCGAGCCCACCGUGCAGUUGCCGCUCGGUGCGGUGCCAUCGGCGGCGCCGCAGCUUAGCUUUGGGCCACCUCUUCCCCCCGCGCUGUCCUACCAACACCCACCGGUAGAGCUACCACCGCCGCAGAUGAUAUUGGUGAACGGGGGGCAGCACCUACCCUCGGACGGCCCUUGGAACCAGCAGCAGCAACAGCAGCAGCUAACGCCCCAUCCUCCUCGUCCGCAGGGGCAAACCAUUUCCUGGGCCCAAGCGCCAGCGGAAUCGAGCACUGCUGCGGAAGCGCCACCGCCACCACAAGGCGCCCCUGCUGGCGAUCCUGGAGUGCCGGAUCAGGCGACACAACCCCAGCCACAGCAGUUCGUUUCGGCAACCAUCGAGGGCCCCACCAUUGAGGAACGGCGUGCGGCGUCGGAGGCGCUUUGGCGACAGGUGGCACCCCCGUUAGCGGGCGGAGAGCAGCCGCCCACGGGGGCAUCCUCGACGGUGGACACGGGGGCGGGGGGGGGCGCGCCGGUGGAUGAUGCUCCCGCGAGUCCGGGCCCGCAGCAGCCGCCGCCGCCGCCGCGGGGAACACCGCCCCCGGCAGCCUCGCCAGCACCACAAGUAGACGGGCCCAUCGCCGGCGUUGCCGCCGCUGCGCCGGCGGUAGCGCACGACAGCAAUCCCGCCCCAAGCAUUCCUCUCGAACCCAGCUCCUCACGCCGGAGCUCACCCGCUAUCUCUGCCGCCGCCGAUGACCCUCCUCUGCCCGAGACUCGCUCAAAUGGCGGGGCUAGCGCCGCUGACCCUCCUGCUGACCAGCAGGCGGCGGCCGUGGCGUCUCUACAGAAGCAACGGUCGGCGCUUCGGAACUGGCGGUCGGCCCCGUAUAACUACGCUCUGGUCCUCGUUGGCGCGGCGUUGUUGCCGCGCAAGGCCUUGGCGGGAGCUUCGAAGCUGCCCGGAGCGGUUUGGGUGGACAGGCACGAGCUGGGGGAGCCUUACAGCUUGCCGCUGGAAGUAAAGUCGGUGCUGGCCAAGUCUCUGGCGGCCCAGACGCCGACCUGCGCGUCCUGCGACGACAACGAGGCCGGUCGUGACUUCCUGCUGCUGAUGACCUUCGAAUGUUCCGAAGACAAGGCGGUGGCCGUGGCCCGCCUCGCCGAGCUGGGGGUGGAGACGUCAAAGUUCAAUAACUCGCCGCGCAUCCAGGUGGAGCACGCCCGAGCAUCGCCCACUCCUCCCCCCCCGCCUCCUCGAUCGGCGCCGGCCGUCUCGGAAUGGUCCUCAUCUUCUGCUCCGGCGGAAGCGAUGGUUGGUUCGGCAAAGUCUGGUGUGGCCGCUACCGGCAGCAGCGAGCCCCCGCCCAAGGCCCCAGCAGCAGCAGCCGCUGCUGCCUCUUCCAGCCGGGUGAUGCUGGCGAGGGAGAAGGCGCUCAAGGCGCUCGAGGGAGAGAGGCUGAUCGCAGCGGCAGCGACGAAGGCACGCGCGGCGGGGGCUGCUGCUGUCGGGGAGUCGGCGGCGGUAGUCGGCGGGGAGCCGGCAGGGUCGAAGUCCACGGGCGUAGGAGCGAAGAGAGCAGCCGCCACGACGAAGACAGCAGCGUCGGGGGCGCCACGGAAGGCGGCGGCUGCUGAUGGAGCGAGUAAAAAGUCCAAGUCAGGGAGCAGCGUCGGGGGCGCGGCAGCGUCAGGAAAAUCUCGUGGUCAAGGGCAAGCUCCCGCGAAGGCCAAGCCGGCAGCGGCAGGAGCAGCGGCGGCGGGGGCGGUAGCGGUGGCGGCGAAGCCUCCGUCGUUGCCGGCGAAGGCCAAACUGGCAGCGGCAGCGGCAGGAGCAGGAGCAGGAGCAGCGGUGGCGGCGGAGGUAGCGGCGAAGCCUCCGUCGUUGCCGGCAUCGACUGGAGCUCCCACCCCCGCCGUCGCGGAAAAUCCCCCAGCAGCCGCUGCGCGACCGGUAACGGUGGCAGGAACGUGGGGCUCGAGAAUCCGGGAGGCAGAGGAGGAGUUGAGGGCGCUACAGGAGACCAAGAUCCCGAGAGUGAUGAAAGCUUUGGCCGAUGUCUCUCAGCAACGACGAAAGCUGGAAACGACCGCUGCUUCCCUCGCUGCCAAGAGCGCAGCCGCCAGCGCCCGCCUGGCGCAAGACUCGCGCGACGCCGCGGCAGCUCUUCUUGCCGAGCUGCGGGCCAGACGCCAAGUCUCGACCCAGCAACGGCAGAAGCAGGCUUCCAAGCAGCUGCACCAACGGCAGCAGCACGGGGGAGGCACGGCGGGGGGCAUGCCAGCUCUGUUGGAGAGCGGGAGAAAAACGAGCUCUGCCGCUGCUGCUAAUGGCGCCGGUGCCUGUGCCGGUGCCGGUGCCGGUGCCGCCGCCGCCGCCGCAGCCGCCGCUCUUCCGUCGGUGCUACCAACACCAAAGCCCUAGCCUUACCCUGCGGGCUUGGUCGGUGGGGCAGCCGAGCUUUCUUGGAAGGAUCUCAUCGGAGCUCGCGCCUGGCAUCGAAAGAGGCAUCUGGUGGAGGGGGGCUGUCCCAAGAGGACAUCCCAGAUCUGGUGCGGGUCUGUGUGUAGAAGUCAAUGGAGAACGUGUGAAGAAACCAACGGAGAAGAUUGGUGUUCACGCGAGAUAUCGGCGAAUCACGGAGGGGGGAUGAAUACACGCGCACCAAAGGCCUGUGGGACUGAGUGUACUUGUAUUCGGCCGCAUGCCCUGCCCUCUUGUGUACGUUUCGCACUGCCCUCGUCCGCCCCCCGCCCCCAUUCCCCCAUGCUUGCGCAAAACGCCUACUUCCCGUUGCGCUUUGACGGAGGAAAAGGUCCGGGUCACAGAGCAAAUGGUAGGAGAUCUUACUGCUGGGCUUUCGGAGUGGCAAGGCGGCCAUCUGAUUUCUCGGCCACGGUAGGGCGGCGACGUUGCGCCCGCCCCGUCCCCCGUCCGCGCGAAUUGGUUGGUGGGGCGCACUGCCGGUUCGGAACACCUCUUCAUGUGUACGUGGGAUAGUUUUGUUGCAUGGAGAGUCUGGUGGGAGAUAGGGAUGGCCAGCUCAUAACUUUUUACUUUUCUGGUAAGCGGUCUUAGUUAAGUAUGGUAAAAAGCGGUCAGAGAUAAUAAGAGUGGUGUUUUCGUGUUUCCGGUAUCAUGAGUUAAGUCUCGCGGGACAAUAUAUUGCCCCAGGUGCAGGUGUUGUGGUUGGAGUUCAUGUUUUGAUAGCGGCCACCUGAAAAGCGACCUCGCCAGAAUUUUGGAAGUUCUGGGAGUAUCGUGGUAGUGGUAUCUGCCCCCCCUCCCCCUCCAUGCGCGUCCCCCCUUCCCCGUAUGUUGCCAUGGUGCUUGAUUACCCUAAAAAACACGGGGCCUGUUGGUAGCGACAGAUGCACCGUAGCAUGCCCUGGCUUUUCACCGUGCCAGGCGUGUUGCCGAUGCGGACUGUGGCAACCGCCUGCCGCCUUUCACCUUUUUUUUUUUUUUUCGCCUUGCCCGGCCCUCGGGCUGCUGCUCGCCGUACGAACCGAGAGUGUCACGCCGAGACUGUUCCGGCACCACUCUCCCCCAAAGCUCAGUGCAGGCAGCGAUGGCCUUUCGUUUGCUGGCGGGAGCGUAAGAGAGCGGGAGCUUGGUGCCAGGUGAAGGUGGAAGUGCUAGAAUGUAGGCGAUUUUUUUUGUGUGUUGCGGUGCGUGAG